UAGUUUGAUUUCUCCUCCCUAUCAUCGAUGGUUUUCAUAUUGACGGCUAUCAAGAGUUCUAAAAGAGAUUUGACUUUGUUGUCACGCCGGGCGUUGGUUCAUUUCUUGGCUAACUUUUAGCCGGACGAGAGAUUGUACAGUGUUACUUAUUAAAACUCUCUCUUUCUCACUCUCUAUCUCUCUUUACUCAUGAGUGUAUAACUUCAGACGCAAAUUUCGCUCACUUGCAAAAUGGCUGAUCACCGAGAAAGAGACUCAUAUUAUUCUCAAUCAGAUCCACGAUCAAAAAAUGAUGAUCCACCUAAUUCACGAUUAUUUGUUAUUUGUCAUAAAAGUUUGGAAGAAGAGGAUCUGAGAAAAUCAUUUGAUAAGUUUGGCAAAAUUGAAGAUAUUUGGGUUGUUAAGGAUCGGAAUACGGGUGAAAAUAAAGGAGUUACCUAUAUAAAAUUUUCUAAAACAUCUGAAGCUGCAUUUGCACUUGAAGAAAUGAAUGGAAAAAUGUUGGGAUCAAUAGGCCGUCCAAUAAAAGUAAUGAUUGCAUCAAAUCGAGAUCAAGGAUCCGUUCGAGAAACUAAUGAAGAGGAACGAUGGGUUAGAUUAUUCUGUGUUUUACCCAAGUCAAUGACCGAUCACGAGCUCCAGCAAGAGUUUUCUAAAUUUGGACCGAUCGAGUAUGCAACAGUAGUAAAGGAUAGAAACACAAAUGAGUCCAAGGGAUUUGGAUACGUUAAAUUUAAAAAGGUGUCAAGCGCUGCUAAGGCAUUUGAAGAGUGUGAUAGAAAAUUCAAGGCUGUUUUCGCUGAGCCGAAGAAACCAAAGCCAGAUCAUUCGGAUUCCAAAUAUAACAAUGGACUUUCAAUGCAGUUUGACAAUAUGGGUAAUAAUUAUAGCUCAUCUAGUUUUGGCAAAAACAGUAUUGGUUUGGAAAUUGCUGCUAAUUAUCCAAAUCCCGAAGGGUAUACGCGACUUCAAGUAAUCGCCCAUCCAGCAUUGAAUCAAGACCAAUUAUGGAAGCUUUUCGACAUUGUACCUGGCUUAAGUUAUUGUCAUCUGAAAACAGACGUAAGAUAUAGAAUGCCACGUGGGCAAGCAACAGUUGUCUAUUCGCAUCCUAGUGCUGCAGCUUACGCCAGAGAAAAGUUACAUGGAUUUGAAUAUCCUCCUGGACAUAGAAUGAUUGUAAAACCAGAUAUGACAGGAGUUUCUCCACAGAAAAAUAUGAAACCUGGUGGGUCAAGUAUAACUGGACUAGGCGUAGCGAGAACGGACUUGGCACACCUGGCGGAAACAAUUGUCCAGGCAACAUCGUUAAUUCAAGCAGCAGGAUUAACGGCACCAAGUUUAGAUCCUACGAUUAUGAAGCUACCGCCUGUUCAACCAAUGGCGAGUAUAGAUGCUGAAGUUGAAAAAAGAUGUUUUAUUGUUUGUGGACCACCUGUGCCUCCUAUUUAUGCUAUGAAAGAUGCUUUUUGUAGAUUUGGCAAUCUUAUAGAUGUUUACAUGUUAUCAGGAAAAAAUUGCGGAUAUGCUAAAUAUGCUAGCGUAGAAAGUGCAAAAAGAGCCAUUGAGGCAUUGCAUGGACAAGAAAUUUGUGGAUCUCGUUUAAAAGUUCUGGAAGCAGAAGAAAGAAAUGUAGGUGAAGAUCGACGAAAGCGUUUAAAAAUGGAUGAAGAUCAAAAUUAACUCCUUUUAGUGUCACACUGACUGGUUAAACACAAGCUGGACGCACGCAACAAUGAGACGAAUUUUAAGACUCACUUGACCACGUCGGGCCUGCAACUGAGGAAACUACUUCAACUAUUAUCUUUCACUAUAUUGCUUACAUUUACCACUUCAACAUUACCGAAACUCUAACUUUAACGUUACAACACAUUUUCCGUUAUUGAAUACUCAAACAUUAUUGGUCAAUUACGAUCUUUGUGUGAUAGACAUUUGUGCAGAGACUGAUUUCAUUUUCGUACUUUCUUUUUGAGGCUGUGCUGAUAAAAAAAAAAAAUAUUGCUCAUUCGUGGUUUUAAAACACCGGUUGUGCUUUGGAAAAACGAAAUUUUAAUGCAAAAAAUUAACGAAAUGAAAAAGCAAAAUAAGUAAAAGAAAAAAAAAACGUCCUACAUCUAUUUUUAUACAGGAAAUUACAAAAUCUUGGUACGACUAAUGUCGAGUAUGGCUCGUAAGUGGAGGAAUAAUUAAGUAGCACCGAUGAUUAACAAGCAAAUCAAUUUUAUUAACAAAAAAAAAUUUUUUAAAAAAAAGAACAUACUGCGCCCUUUUUGUCAAAAAAUAUAAAACAAAAAGUGAAAUUUCAUGAAAUUUUUUUUAACAUAUAUGUUUUAAAUCAUAUUAUAAAAUAUAUAUAUAUAUAUAUUCUGUGUCGUAGAUAUUUUAAUUAUUUAUUAAUUGUACAAUUAAAAACGUGGCCUUUAGAAUAUAGCAGGUCGAAAUUUUUUACAUAAAAAAGUCAAAUUUUAUGAAUCGAAUUAAUUGUGAAGAAAUUAAUUAGUCAGAAAAACUGAUAUUAUUGAUCUCAAAAAUUUAUCAUGAUAUUUUGCUGUUAAUUCGUAUGUUUUUAUCUUCUCUUACAUAAAUAUUAUGUACAAUCACCCUUUCGAUUUACAAAUGAAACCUUAUGCUUGAAUCAAUAAGGCUUUUACUUAAAUUGAUUUUAUCAUAAAAUUUUAUUUAGAAUUUGAAGUUCAUAACCGCGAUGAUUAUAAUUUUCAUACUUCUAUACAAAUAGAAAUAAUCUUUGUUAUUACAGUCAUAAAAAAUAAAAACAAUUAAAAAAUAAACAACGAAAAAAUUCAAUUCACAUGCGUUUUUUGACAUUCAUGUUUGACUAUUACAUAAAUUGUUAGACUGUAACUGACUUGCCUUAUGAAGCAAACAAAAAAGAAAAUACAUGGAAAAUUUAUAAUCUAAAUAA